UUCGCAGCGGCAGUCAGUUUGCUAUUGCCGCCCGUUGAGCGAGCAUCUCGGACAACAGGGAUCGCAGGGCUUGAUUGCGGUGCGACGAGGCUGUUUUUGGCGAACUUUGAAGACUCUCCUGACGGGAUAAGGGAAGCUUGUUGAAAAUACGUAAUACGUUGAAAGAGUUUUCAGAUAUAUGAGGAAAAUUUACAGCGUGCCGAUUUGUUUUGGAGAAGAUAUUUUUACGAUAAAGGAACGGGGUACAUGUUCAACAACGAAAGGUGUUAAAAUUCAUUGUUUAUGACUGUAGGGGAUUUAUUAUCCCUUGGUUUAUUGUAGGGAACGCGACGGAACUGAGUUUUUGUGAGAGGUAUAAAUAAAUUAGAAAACUUUGGUUGUCCCGACGGCAAGUGGUUGCCGCCGGGGUGGGAACCACGUGGCGAGGCAGCACACGUACACGCACGUAAACGGCGGCGCAACUGUGAACAGUUAGGACUGACUGGGUUUCAGUGAGUGCGAAAUAGUUUGUUGUUUUUCUGUGUGAACUCGGAGUGACGAAGUGAGAAGAUUGCAUCGACGACCCGGAAGCAGUGAAGGGUGCGUUACGGUGUGCGGGGUGAGGGUGGGGGGAGAUAGAAGGCGGACAGACUUGCGGGAUUUGCUAAAAGUGAACAGAGCCGGCACAUUCGCCGGCACAAUCGCGAUUUAUUAGUCGCGGGCGAAGUAGCAGAAGAGAAUAGAAGAAAGAAGAGACUAAACUAUAGACGUCGGCGAACUGCUGCGAUGCUUCAGGGCUUUGCGCUCCCAGCGAUCAGGGUGAAGCGAUCGUCCUUAUCGGAGGCCGUAACGGCCUGCUAAGAUGACCGCGCGUCUCCACUCGCUGAGGCACCAGGAGAAGAAAUCCACCGGAACAACCGGGCAGCGUCAUCAUCGGCAGCAGCAACAGCAGCAGCAACAGCAACAGCACAACACGGUUCAGCAACGCGGCGCCAGUCCAGCGCCCAGCCCCAGUCCGAGUCCAAGUCCCAGCCCUAGCCCGAAACACUCGGACGGACGAAGAGCAAACAAACCACUGAUGGAGAAGCGACGCAGGGCGCGGAUAAACCAGUCGCUGGCCGCGCUAAAGGCGCUUAUCCUGGACAGUGCUCGGCUGGAGAACACGAAGCACAGUAAACUCGAGAAGGCAGAUAUCCUCGAACUAACCGUCAGGCAUCUUCAGAGACAGAGAUCUCUCGCUCAGCCAGGCCUCUCCAGGUACAAGGCCGGCUAUCAGGACUGCUCGAGAGAGGUGAGCCGAUACCUAGACGCCCCUGACAUAAUAACCGGAAACUCUACGCCACUGGAUCCGGCCGUGAAACAGCGUCUUCUACGGCACCUGGACAGCUGCGUAUCGGAGCUGGACCUGGACCUCGGUUCCCGUCCGGACAGCGGGCUGGGUAGCAGUCCCGGAAGCGUGACGGACAGGGUGACGGGGGCGGCGAGUCCCGGUCCCCUGGAGCAACACCACGCGGUGGUGGCGCCCCACUGCAGCGGGGGUUUGGGGGCGGGGGCGGCGGGGGUGGUGCAGAUAAAGUCGGAGCUGCCGGAGGUGAUGGAGACGGCGCGACCUGACAGCAGCACGACGGCCGGCGACGAGAACAACAACAGCAGCAGGCCGACGUCGGCGUUCAGUCAGGUGAACCCGGGGGGCGUCGGGACGCCCGAAGCCUCGACCUCCGCCUCCCAGCAGAACCCGAACAUGCUGUCGGUCGUCCAGGUUAUACCCUCCCGACUGCCCGACGGUCAGGUCGUCUUCCUCCUACCGAGCCACUACGUCCAACUUGCGGCGGCCGCGGCGGCGAACGGAAUAAGCAUCGGGCCCAAUCCACCGACCGCAAUUUGGGCCGCGACGAACAUGUCGCUGCUGAAGGCCACCGACAAACUCGUCGCGAAAAGGCCCCACGACGAAUCGGUCGAAUGGGGUGUGCCUGGUGGGGGGGAUAAUCACAAGCCGAGCAAGAGUCCCAGGAUACAGGAACGGGGCGAUAAUUCGGGGCCCGAUGGUGUUAUGCAGGCUGAGAACCUGAACAACAACGACAGCGACAACAACCAUCAUCAUCGUCAUCAUCAUCAUCAUCAUCAUAAUCACAGUCGUAUUCAUUCCGAGAAUCAGGGGCACGAACAGCCUCUCGAUUUUACCACCUCGAAAAAAGUCAACGGAAAUUCGAUGACAACGACGUCGACGACGACGACGACGGCGAUGCAGAUCACGGCCGAAAGAACGAGGUGUAACACAGCGGAGGGUGAACGCGUCGAUCAUCAUCAUCAUCAUCAUCGUGAGAUGGAUACGGCGACUGCCGACGAAAGACCCAACAGCAGAAACGAAAGCGAGGGACUUGCGGCCCCGUCUUCACCUUCCCUGCAUCAACCUCCCCAACCCCCUAAAGACGAGGAGGGAAUGUGGAGGCCGUGGUGAAUUCCUCGCUUCUCGCUUUCUCGUCGUUGAAAGUUUUCUUAUUCUUUCUUUACAUUUAUUUAUUUUUUUUUCUCUCUCUCUCUCUCUCUCUUAUCCCUCCUAUCAUUUUUCCCUCCCCUGAAUUCUAUUUCUUAAUAUUUAUAUAGUCAACAGAGUGAUACGAAUGUGAAAAAUAAAAUGUACAGAGUUAUUAUUAUUAUUAACUGCAGAUUCGCGCGUUGAUUAGGAUAUGUGUAAAAUAGACGAUACGAUAUGUCCACUUUUCGUCGUAUAUAUAUAUAUAUAUAUGAUAUGUAUAUAUAUAUAUAUAUAUGUAUAUAUCGUAUGUAUAUAUAUAUAUAUAUGAUAUGUAUAUGAAUGCGAAAGUCAAGAGUGAGUGUUAGAAUUUAGAGUGAAAGAAAAUAUACACCUACCUUUCAUUUCGCUGAGAUUUUCUUUUCUUUCUUUCUUUCUAUUUGUUCCCCUCCAUCUUCUAUUUAUUUCUCUUCUAAAAAAUUAUAUAUAUAUAUAUAUAUAGAUAGAUAAAGACGCGCGGUAUCGCACAGAUCAUAAGUAAGUAAGAGGUAUAUACGUGUUAUAAUAACGAGGCGUUACCCGGUUGUGGUCACUUUCUCUGCAGGUAUCUAAAUUCCAGUUCUACUUACAAAAAGUUCCUGAAACAUACACCGUUUCGGAAAUCAGAAAAAAAAAAAAAAAAAACAACAACACGUCAUUAUGUAUAUAAUACUGAAUAAUUUGUUGAAUCGAUCAGAGAACCGGUUAAAUAUAACAAUUUCCAUUCUAUUCUUUUGAUAUUUGUUUCGUAUUCCGAUCGAAAAAUAUGUCAUGUAGUUUGUGAAAAAUUAGAAAUAUAUAUCGAGAACAAUUAUGAAUCAGUCGAUAACUGGCGCAUCAGAAAUUAUAAUUUACGGCUUUCAUGUACGUUUUAAUGCGUGAAAUGUAUAAAAUGAUGGUAAACAAGUAUAUAUUUAUUUAUAUGUAUAUAUAAAUAUAUAGUUGUUGCUUUAUGUACACGUUAUAUAUAUAUAUACAUAUGCAUGUAUAUAAAGGCGUGUACAUAAAGCGAUAGAAAAGAUUAAAGAGUAUUUAACCCUCGUUGUCUUUUCCGCGAUUCUCAUUGUAAAUAGAAUUUAAAAAAAAAAGAAAAAAACCUUGUACCUACACCAAGUCGAAACAAUUACUAUUAUUAUAAAUAUAGAUUUAUUUUGAUGUUAUCUAUAUGCGAUAAGGAGAAGGAUAUUAAGGUUAAAUAUUUAAAAUAACAAAACACACGAAAAAAAAAAGAGAAAAAGCAAACAAACAAACACAAAUAUAUAUAUAUUAUAUUACAUUAAAGUAUUGCCAUGAUUAAACUUAAGCAUACCGCUAAUGUCCUUCGGAUCUGAUCCAUAUUCAAUGUACUUAGUUGGGCGGUCAAUAAAUCUCUUAUAUUGAUCGCAACGUAUAAAUAUCAUUGAAAGGAA